UUCCGGCGUGUUGCAUUGUGGGGCCGUGAGGAUACGGCGGGAUGGGAGGGCAGUGAGGGAACCGGGAUGGGGACGUGUCUGCGCAUGCGCAAGUACCUCACGCCUCCCGUCCCCCUGUUCGCUCGCCUCCGCCCGGGUGAGCUAUGGGUGCUGGGGGGCGUUGGCUGCGGCUCGGGCGGUAACGUCCAGCUCUCUGCGGCCGUCACAGCAGCAGAGACGGCUCCGCUCCAGGAGUGUGGCCUUGCGAGAGGGAAAUGUAUUUGUUGGCACAGCACCGCAUCCUGCCUCGUCUCAGGUCUGUGGAAACCUCGCGGGCUGUCACAGAGAGUCAACAGAAAUGACUAACCGAGAAGAAGCUGAGAUGCAAAUUUCAGAAUUAGAUUUACUCUCUAGCAUGUUUCCUUAUGAGGAAGAGUUCGUUGUGACUGACCAGCUGGCUGUAGCAGAGCUAAAACACUAUGUUGAAAAUGAGUCUGCAGAGAUGCCAUCUUCAAAAGUUCAGUUUAUACUGAACGUAAAGCCAGAGGUCUCUAAUGCCCCUGUGGUGGAAUUCUCUAUGGCCUGUGCUUUACCGUUUAAAUAUCCAGCUGUUCUACCAGAAAUUACUGUCAGGUCAUCGUUACUGAGCCGCUCUCAGCAGCUUCACCUGAACUCAGAUCUAAAAACAUAUUUGAUGCAAAACUGCAGUGGUGAGCCCUGCAUGUUGAGUGCAAGGGAAUGGGUUAAAGACCAUGCAGCUGCUUACAUUGACAAGGAGCUUUCAUCUUCCUCGGUGACAACAUCAAAUGCCGCUCAGUCGGAAGUCAUCACAUUCACUCGACUGUGGAUCUAUAGUCAUCACAUUUACAACAAGCAAAAAAGAAAGAAUAUUAUUGACUGGGCCAAGGAGCUCUCUCUGUCAGGGUUUUGCAUGCCGGGGAAACCAGGUGUUGUUUGUGUAGAAGGUCUACAAAGUAGUUGUGAAGAGUUCUGGUCAAGAGUGAGAAGAUUAACAUGGAAAAGAAUUCUCAUUCGGCACAGAGAAGAUGUUUCUUUGGAAGGUGGAGGACAUGCUGAGAUUCAGAAACAAAGAAAGUUCUCCACUUUGGAAGAAAAAUGUUUUGAUGCACAUGGUGCCAGAGGCAAUCAUAUGGAUUUGGGGCAGCUGUAUCGGUUUUUAGAAGAAAAAGGAUGUGCUGACAUCUUUCAAAUGUACUUUGGGGUUGAAGGGCAUUGAAGGCGUUGACAAUCACCACUGGUCCAAGCACCUAUGUUUUUAAGUUAAUCUUCGUAACAGAUUCCUUAGCUGUUCUGCAGGAGUUGAUCAGACAGGGAAUUAAUAAUUUGUGGUUUAUACUAUGAAUCUAGUUUUCAAUGAAAACAAAUAUGCAGUGAGAUGCUGAAUAAUGAAAAUUACUAAAUGACUGCUUUAUUACACUUUCUGAUGUUUAGAGUACAUACCUAAUUACAGGGAAAGAAAAUCCAUUUGAUGAGCUACCGGGCUGUUACAGAAUUAUAGGUGAAUGAAUAGAUGUAAUUGUGGUGAACGAAUACAUGAAUAAGAAGAGACAAAAGUGAAAUAUGGGUAUCUCAGGAGAGGAAUUGUUUGUAUUAUUUGUUGCUGUUUACAUACACUACAUGAAAACUUUUUUGUAACAAUCUUCUAUUCUGCUUUCUAUCUGGAAGUAUAUUGAGCCAUGAUAUUAACAUUUUAUUAAAAAAAACAAACAAACAAAACC